AUGUGGACAGUAGACAAUGAUCAGAGGACUCUCGUCGCCUCCAUGCCAAAUAGCCCGCAGCAGGCAACGUUCACUGCGCCACCGCCAGGACUGCCUUCGGAGUUUUAUAUCACAUCGGUCAAAGUCAUCGAUGACGAGGAAAAGGCACAGGGAGAGAAGGAGAUUUCGGAAUAUAGGCAACAAAAUGCAGUCGCUCAGUGCGACGAGACGCCAAUUAGCCCAGUCGACAAAGCUCUUCCGCUCCCACCUAACGAGGAGAAACGCUACGCUAUCAACGUCAACAUCAACAAAAGCAUGAUAUUCGACGACAUUAUGUUCAAUGCUGCAGCUUAUGCUGCAAGUCAAGUCUCAACCCCACAUGAGCGUGCACCGAGAUAUCGAUUCGAAGAAUACCUCCCACCCGUUUCAUCAAGCAAUAAUCCUCAAAUCUCUGUAACAAAGACCAAGGAUAGAGCAUCAAGCACCAUAAGCUCUGAGUAUGAACUAGAGAACUACCCACAUGGCAGCGGCUAUGCGGAGUCAUUCAGGGAUUCCAAGUCCGACACUGGCAGCAAUCACAGCGAGUCACAAGGCCUUGACCCCAAGGACAAUGCUUUGUCGAAGCUAGAAGGCGGCCUCUCUUUGCCGGAGUUGCCACCACCGAGUCCAAGCUUCAGCUUUCGCUCUUACGACUGGUAUCAAGACAUUAUCGGUGGUGAUCAGCUUGCUGUUGAGCCUCCAAUUCCAGGGUUGCCAACUCGCAACCCUGCAAGGGCGGUGAACCCUCUCUUUUCGCAUCCUCCAGAAGGCAAUUCGAGCUUUGUGUCAGUACCACUAUCACCGGCAUUCCCUUCACCUGUAGCAAGUUCACACCUACACCCGAGUUCGGCUCGGCUAUCCUACUUGCCCAGUCCGACCAGUCCGAAUUUCCGCUUGUCACCGACCAUCUACCAAAUGCCAAGUGCCAGUCAUGUAUCAAAAAUGGUACCAAGCUUACCGAGUACUCGUCCUGUGAGCGAGGCAUCGACUAUGCCACGUCACUCGCGCCGUUACACGUAUCGUUACUCGCGAUCUACCAGCUGGAUGCCUGAAGACGAUCUUGAAAUUCCCGAGGAUGAUCUGGCGCCUCCACGGUUCCCAAGAUACAACUCCAUGGUUGCAAGCAUAGUGCAAGGCAGCGAGGCCACCCAAACUGCGCGAACCUCUGCGCGCAACUCUGCACGCAACUCUGUAGGCAAUCGGAGAAGUCAAAGCGCGCCACGACCGCAAAGCACGAGUCACUACUCAAGAAGUUGGCUUCCAGAUGAUGGUUUGUAUCUUCCUGAGGAGGGCACAGAGCACACUUUCGAAAUCUUCAAACGCGAACAAUUGACGAGUAGGCCGACAAGCUACUCGCCUCUCGGUUAG